GUAUGAACACCAAAAAAAAAAAAAAAAAAAAAGGACGUCUAAGGCAGCUGGAAGGGAGUUGCGGGGGAAUUAGCAAGACGGCGUCUUCCAGCUCCAAGAGGCCGCUUAUAGCCGUUUUCAGCAUCCACUUCAUGGGGAGACUUCCGCCCACAUUCACCAACACAGAUAGCAAUAGGUUGUCAACUGUUCGGUGGGGCCCUAAUGGUAAGCCAUAAAGUUGAUCGUGACGAAUGAGUGCAAGGAUUCUUCUGAAAAUCUUGGAUCGACCGGAGCAAGCGUGGCAGCUCUAGUGGCUGGGUGGGAGCUGGAGCUUUUUAUACUCGGUGACGGUAUCUUGUCAAUCAGUCCUUUCACCUAGACUCUCACCAAUUCCCAAGGGGAGUCGGCGUUCUUCUCUCUUAUUUUCGGUCUCCACCAAAUUGCCUGGUGCUACGCAGCUCCUCCUGCCUAGCUGAGAAUGCCCCCUCUCCGAGCCAAACGAGCCUGCGGCUUUUGCCGCGGACGUCGAAUUAAAUGUAAUGUGAUGGAGUCAAUGCCAUGUCACAACUGUAUUGCCGCCAGCACGGAGUGCCAUGUUAUGGAGUCCGCAAGAGGCAAAUGGCCUCGCUCUAACAAGGGCCGCAAAGCAGCGACGCCCACUGUUAGCGACAAGGCAGAAGAUGAAACUAGAUCUUCCAAACUUGCUGACGAGACAUCACCCACUCAGCAGACUGCGGUCCUACAGGAUGACUCCUCACUGGACCAACUAUCCACUCCUUACCAAGACAGCGAAGUCUAUCUCGGGGAGUCCACGCUACUCCGGGCAGUUCACAGCGACAGCACUCAAACAGGGCCCUACCGCAGCAACAAAUCCGGCCUUCGAUAUCCACUGCCUGCAGUUGCAGCUGUUCCCGAGUGGGAACAUCAACGACGACAGCGCAGACUGGAGAUGCUUACCGCCGAGGGUGCCAUGAUUGUCCCGGACAAAUUGGUCCAAGGUGGCUUAUUCGAAGCGUACUUCAAAUGGUUCCACAUAUGCUUUCCUGUGGUCAACAAAGAGGCGAUCCUUCGUCAAAGCCAGGCUGGUGAUCUUUCGCCUAUGCUUUGCAAUGCGAUGAUGUUUAUUGGUGUCAUUCAUUGCAAGGCAAGCAAAUUAAAAGAGAUCGGGUUGGGCAAUGGUGAAGAAGCAAGGCAUUUGUAUUACAAUCGCGCCAAGGACCUCUAUGAUGCUGAUUUCGAGUCCAACUCGCUGACCCAACUACAAGUAAUGUUUUUGUUAAGCUUUUGGCGUGCCGGGCCGCUACUGCAAAAGGACUGUCGCUAUUGGCUUGGGGCUGCAAUCACCCUUGCGCAGAAGAAGGCCAUGCACCGGUCAUUUGGUAUUCCGGAUGUCGUUCAAGCUAGGCUACGCAAAAGAAUAUGGUGGUCCAUUUACGUAAGGGAACGCCAGUGUGCUGCUGCCCUAGGUUUACCAAAUCGAAUUCGAGAUGAAGACUGCGACGUUGCGUCUCUCAUCCCACUGGAUUUCGAUGAUAUAGAAAAUGCAAGCUCUCCUGCCCUGGCCCAUAACUGGGAACACGUCAACUAUGCCAUUGAAAUGGCAAAACUGGCUAAGUUCCUUGGAAAGAUUGUCUGGAAGGAGUACACGCCAAAUAGCGAUUGCAGUUUAGCUGGUGGAUCCCAACUGAAAGCUGAACUCAAUGGCUGGUAUCAUCAGCUACCCGAUGAUCUACGCCUGGGGAACGAGACUGGGGGGUUGUUUGUAGGGAUGCUGCAUAUGGCCUACAAUAACCUACUCAUUCUUCUAUCCCGAAGAGCAUUUAUUGCCGCAGAGCAAACAGGCGCUCAUAAAGAAAGUCAGAUUGCUUACCAUGCCGCAUGCCGAAUCUCCCGGAUUGCGGAGGACCUACUUGCUGAGGAUCUUCUUGGAUACGGCCAGAUACAUCUCAUUACGUGCCUUUUCAACGCUCUGUGCAUUCACACGGUGAAUUUGCGCCGGGUCGAGGGUACAUCACGACUUGUGGCUGAGCAUCGUGCUAAAAUCUGCCUGUACGGCCUCCGGGAACUGCAAAAAACAUGGGAAGUAACCAACUGGAUACUUCAACUAUUUUUCCAGUAUCUUGAUCGCUCUAUGGCACGGCGCCUGCAGACAAGUGGCCAUGAAGAAGACGACGCGCAGGCUAUGCCAGAGGCGGAGGAAGCACCUGCAGCUCCUGGCCUUCCAAUAACCAUUCCGAUUACACCGAGAGAUGCUUUUAUUGACCCAAAUGAAUUAGGCAUAGACAUGCCACUGUCGAUGACAUUCGGCUCAGAUAGUUUGAACGGCACUUUACUCGAAGGGAGCGAUGGAUUCUGGUCUAAUGCUUUAUCAAGCCUUGAUGGGAUUACCCCGGUUGACCUUGAGCUUCUUGCGGGCUGUCUUACCUGACUUAUUAUACCCAUCACCACACCGAUGUACACCUGCUACAUGAAAAACUGAACCGGUGAAUAAAAACCGUUUCCGGGUGAAUUACAGAGGAACUAUCAAGACGAGAACCCCAUGGGAGCGUUCAAUCCGCCUCCAAACAUUCCUCCUCGAUCUCUCUGUUGUAAUCUCCAGAUCCCUCACUCAGGCCCCAGCCAAUUCUCUCUCUCAGAAACAUGGCUUCUAAGUCCUACAACCUGAUAGUAGUCGGCUCCGACUUUAUGGCCUGCAUGACCGGGUUGACCUUCCUGGAGACAUGCGAACGCUUGAUGCUUUUCUCCGCCUGGGUCAGGACUACAACUUUGACGAAGACUGUAUCCAUGAAAUGACCCAGGUUAACAAC